AUGAUGAUAAUAUGGACUUUGUGUUUAAUCUUUUUCCUUUCUGAUUCAACACUUGUUUUUGCUUCUCCUGCUAAGCACUUGUGUCGUCCAGACCAAAAGGAUGCUCUCUGGAAAUUCAAGAGUGAGUUCUACGUCGAAGGGUUUCAUUCUGAUGGGACGCCGGUCAACAAGAAGACGGAGAGGUGGAGGAACAACACUGAUUGCUGUUCUUGGGAUGGUGUCUCUUGUGAUCCUAAGAAAGGCGUGGUGGUGAAGUUAGACCUCGAGGACAGUUUUCUCAAUGGCCCUUUGAGAUCAAACAGUAGUCUGUUUAGACUACAACAUCUCCGGAGUCUGAAUCUUGACAACAAUACCAAUCUUUAUGGUGAUCUACCGGAUUCCAUCAGCAACCUCAAAUAUUUGAGGGUUUUGAGUCUUGCCCGUUGCAAUCUUUUUGGAAAGAUUCCUUCUUCACUCGGAAAUCUUUCCCAUCUCACUAAUCUUGGUCUUUCUGGUAAUGGUUUCACCGGCGAGCUACCAGAUUCCAUGGGCAACCUAAACCGACUAAGAGAGUUGCGUCUUGACAACAACAAGCUCGGUGGUAACUUUCCUCUUCCGCUACUCAACUUGACCGAGCUCACCUUCAUCUACCUUGGUUCUAACCGGUUCCAAGGUAUGCUCCCAUCUAACAUGAGUAGCCUCUCCAAAUUGGUGUCUUUUCAUAUAGAAAAGAAUUCAUUUCAUGGAUCUGUUCCGUCGUCUCUCUUCAUGAUCCCUUCAAUAUCUGAGCUUGCAAUGGGAAGUAACGACUUCAGUGGCACUCUUGAGAUUGGGAAUAUCUCUUCACCAUCUACACUUAUUGCUUUAUCACUUCCGGAAAACAAUUUCAAAGGGCCAAUCCCGGAUUCUAUAUCCAAACUAGUCGGGCUCUUCUAUCUUGACCUAGCUUUAUGGAACACGGAGAAGGCUACGGUCGAUUUCAGCGUUUUCUUGCCUCUCACGUCACUUAUUUUCCUUGACCUAUCUUAUAUCAAUACAAGAAGCAUGUUUGACUUGAGUCUUUUCUCAAGUUUCAUGUUACUUGGUUAUUUAGAUCUUUCAGGGAAUAAUCUGAAGAUAAGUGAACCUCUCAGUCUUCCCUUACCUAUAGGAACCUUGGCUUUAUCAUCCUGCAAGAUUGUUGAGUUUCCCAAGUUUCUUCAAAACCAAACCAUUUUGCUAUAUCUUGACCUUUCUCGCAAUCAAAUUGAAGGUCAAGUGCCAGAGUGGCUAUGGAGCCUGCCAGAGUUGCGGUACGUAAACAUCUCUCAGAAUUCUUUCAGUGGCUUCGAAGGAUCAGCGGAUGUUAUUCAAAGAAGCCAGAUGCUGCUGCUUGAUAUCAGUUCUAACGAGUUCCACGAUCCGUUUCCUUUGUUACCAAACACUACAAAGUUCUUUCUAGGCUCCAAUAACCGGUUUUCAGGAAAGAUUCCUAGAGAAACAUGCGGUUUGGUUUCUCUUGAGUCGCUUGUUUUAUCCAACAACAACUUCAACGGUUCCAUUCCUCGGUGUUUUGAGCAUCUCAGCACUAGUCUUUCGGUCUUGCAUCUUCGGAAUAAUAGCCUCUCUGGUGUUUUUCCAGAGGAAUCUAUUAGUGCUCCCUUGAGAUCACUUGAUGUUGGUGGCAACAAGCUAUCAGGAAAGCUUCCCAAGUCUCUCAUCAACUGCACUUCUCUCGAGUUUCUGAACUUGGAAGACAAUAACUUCAAUGACACGUUUCCUCACUGGUUGAGGUUUCUGCCGAAUCUGCAGAUUCUUGUCCUUCGUUAUAACGAGUUCCACGGGCCAAUAUCUUCUCCUGGAGGUUCCUUGAGUUUCCCCAAGCUGCGGAUCUUUGACAUUUCGGAAAACCGCUUCACUGGAGUCUUGCCAUCUGAUUACUUUGCCGGUUGGGGUGCAAUGUCAUCGGUCUUAGACAUUGUAGAUCGAAUGCCGAGUAGGUUUGAGGGACGUGACUCUGGAAACUAUCGAAACUCUGUGUCUAUGACUGCCAAAGGAUUGACGAUGGAGCUGGUUGGGAGUGGUUUCACAAUCUAUAAAACCAUUGACGUCUCUGGAAACAGAUUCCAAGGAGAUAUCCCCGAAUCCAUAGGUUUACUCAAGGAACUGAUCGUGCUCAACAUGUCAAACAACGCUUUCACAGGACAUAUACUACUAUCUCUUGCGAACUUGAGCAAUCUCCAAUCAUUGGAUCUAUCUCAAAACCGAUUAUCCGGAAGAAUCCCGCCAGAGCUCGGGAAACUCACGUUUCUAGCGUGGAUGAACUUCUCUUACAACAACCUUGAAGGUCCAAUACCGCAAGGCACUCAGAUUCAAAGCCAGAAUAUAUCUUCAUUCGCAGAGAAUCCUGGGCUAUGUGGUGCUCCUCUCAAAGAAACCUGUGGAAAAAAAGAAGAAGAAGCAACAGAACAAGAGCAAGAUGAAGAAAAGGAAGAAGAAGAAGGUCAAGCAUUUAGCUGGAUCGCAGCUGCAAUAGCCUACGUACCUGGUGUUAUCUGUGGUCUCACCAUCGGUCACAUUCUCUUUUCAUGUAAACCUUACUGGUUCGUGAGGAUCUUUCACUCUUUUACUUGA